ACAACAAGGGAGGGAGAGAGAGAGGGAGAAUGAGAGAGGUUUGAGAGCUCAAUGGGCAAACACUGUGUCCUGAUGUGCUAGUGCAUGCAACACCACGGGAUUCUUUGAAGUUUGGGUAGAAGUUGCUGCUGCUGCUGCUGCUGAGUGUCUUACAGCUGCCUCAGGGUCUACUCGUCCUCAUUUACCAUCUCUCAAGUUUGCCCCAUCACUGAGUGUCUCAGAGGACGAACAGUUUGUGGAGAAGAUCCAAGACUCUUGUAACUUUUCUGCUGUCCACACCCUGUUCAAACACAUCUCUCCUCUCGUGUCCGUCCUGGUAUUCUUUCUUGCUCAACAGACUCAUUUCAGUUCUCUCCCACACGCGUGACUCCCCCAAUCUGGCCCCAUUCUCUUAAUUCUUAGUGUAUAUUUGAGCUGUUUUUUUACCUGCCCUUUCACAAUCCUGCUCAUUUAGUCACCACAGCAUCCCUGCACCAUUCCCUCACCCUCCUCACCCCUCUGUUCCCCUGAUGGGCGCCACAUCAGACAGCAGCGCCACAUUCCCUUCAUCGUCACUGAGAACCUCCCUCCACCCCUAACCACCUCGCCAUAACCACCACCAACACAACCCAAUGGAGAAACAAGACAUGAUGCUGACGAACAUGUUGAAUAUGGACAAAGGGGAGAAAGGGAGAGCGGAGGGGCCGGGGGAUGAAGAGGAGGGGACACAGCAGGAGAAUGGCAGACUGACGUUGGAUGACGGUCUCUCAGAGAAAGGAACCAAGAGUUUGAGCUCCGGCUCUGGACAGCAGGUGUCCAAUGGCUUCAACACAUCCACGCCUCAGAGCCCCAAAGAGGGGCCGGGGGGCGCAGCCUGCUCCGGGGGGACGGCCUCCGCGUCUGGGUCAGGCCCCGGGGCCACGGUGCCGCCGGGGGGCCUCAGGACUCUGGUGGUCCAACAGACCAGCUUGGAGAGGCCCAGAGAAACCUGGAGCAAGAAGAUGGACUUCCUGCUCUCUGUGAUCGGCUACGCUGUGGACCUGGGGAACGUCUGGCGCUUCCCUUACAUCUGCUACCAAAACGGAGGAGGUGCCUUUUUGCUGCCCUACCUGUUGAUGGCGAUAUUUGGAGGCGUCCCUCUCUUCUACAUGGAGCUGGCUCUCGGCCAGUUCCACCGCAGCGGCUGCAUCUCCAUCUGGAAACACAUCUGCCCCAUCUUCAAAGGGAUCGGCUUUGCCAUCUGCAUCAUCGCCCUCUACGUCGCUUUCUACUACAACACCAUCAUGGCCUGGGCUCUGUAUUAUCUGCUGUCGUCGUUUCGGCCCACCCUGCCGUGGACCACCUGCUCCAACAGCUGGAACACAGCCAACUGCAACCUCUACAUGUCCACUGACCACAAUGUGUCCUGGUCCAACUCCUCCACCUCCCCUGCAGAGGAGUUCUAUACUCGCCAGGUGCUGCAGGUCCACCGCUCCGAAGGUCUGCACCAGCUGGGCUCUGUCAGCUGGCAGCUGGCCCUCUGCCUGCUCUUCAUCUUCACCAUCGUCUACUUCAGCAUCUGGAAAGGAGUCAAGACGUCUGGAAAGGUAGUUUGGGUGACUGCUACUUUUCCAUACCUGGUCCUCCUGGUGCUGCUCGUCCGUGGGGCCACUCUGCCCGGGGCCUGGAGGGGCGUGGUCUUCUAUCUCAAACCUGAUUGGCAGAAACUGCUUAGCACAACAGUGUGGAUUGAUGCAGCGGCUCAGAUUUUCUUCUCACUGGGUCCGGGGUUUGGCGUGCUCCUUGCUUUUGCCAGCUACAACCCAUUUCACAACAACUGCUACAAAGAUGCCUUGAUCACCAGCUCUGUGAACUGUCUGACCAGCUUCCUGUCCGGCUUCGUCAUCUUCACCGUGUUGGGCUACAUGGCUGAGAUGAGGCAGCAGGAUGUGGGGAGUGUGGCCAAGGAUGCUGGUCCCAGUCUGCUAUUCAUCAUUUACGCAGAAGCCAUAGCAAACAUGCCUGCUGCUACGUUCUUCUCCAUCAUCUUCUUCCUCAUGAUCAUUAUGUUGGGUCUGGACAGCACGUUUGCGGGGUUGGAGGGGGUGAUCACGGCGAUGAUCGAUGAGUUCCCGCAGCUCCUGUCUAAGAGACGAGAGUGGUUUGUCCUCGGCCUGGUGUGCGUCUGCUUCCUCGGGGCCCUCUCCACACUCACAUAUGGUGGAGCGUUUGUGGUGAAGCUGUUUGAGGAGUACGCUACGGGCCCCGCCGUCAUCACCGUGGUGCUGCUCGAAGUCGUCGCCGUCUCCUGGUUCUACGGUACCAACCGUUUCUGUAAUGACAUCCAUCUCAUGCUUGGUUUCUACCCGGGUUGUUUCUGGAGGAUCUGCUGGGUGGCCAUCUGCCCCUGCUUCCUGCUGUUCAUCAUCAUCAGUUUCCUGGCCUUCCCUCCAGAGGUCAGGUUGUUCGACUACCACUUCCCUCCAUGGACCACUGUCCUGGGCUACUGCAUCGGGGUCUCUUCAUUCAUCUGUGUGCCUGCUUAUAUGGUCUUCUACUUGCUCAAUGCCAAGGGAACAUUCAAACAGCGUCUGUUAAGAGCAUCACUCCAGUGCCCAGCGGUGACCAAUCCAGAGACUACAUAGUCACCAACGCAGUCUGACCAAACCCAGAGCCACAGACGGGGCCACUCUCUCUACCCAGAGCGCCCUCUUCUGGACAACUGCAAAACCCACAGGACAAGGGGGCUACCUUUCACCGUCUUUGGCCUCUUUCUCAUAGAUCUCCUACACUUCUCUUUAGUCAUCUCACACCAGAUCUAGAAGUAGUGAUGGAGGCCAGCGGAUCCAGGCUGCAGUAGUUUAUUUAGUUUGGUUUAUUAUGCUGGUUCAGUUUUUUAAGGAGUACUCUGGUGUAAAAAAGCCCAGAGUUAGCUUCAGUAUCCUCAGCAUUCUCUCUCUAUUUGUCCAGGUGUCACCGAAGUCAGAAGUGACCGACCUUCCUUCAGGUUAUACAUCACAAGUCAUAACAAAUAUUUUAUACACUUAUAUAAAGUAUCAUACGAUAUAACUGCAGAUACUACACAUUUGAAGAAGGCCAGAUAUUUACAUUUCAAUCUCUCACCCUUUAUGGUUGCAUCCAUGUCAUGCUGUUACGUUAUGCAAUUCUGAUAUGUAGCAAAUUCAGGUAUCUGUUUCUGAAGCCAAAUAUAUCUGAUAUCUGUUCUGUUCAUAUUUCUUAAAGAUGUUUCAAUAACGUAGCCGUCUUUAUGUGUGUUUACUGUCAGCCUGUGUGUAUUUGGUGGCAUCUUGGACGAUGAUGGAUUUGCAAUGAGUUCCCUACACUGUGAAGCACUGUCUGGUAGUGACAUGAGUGUGUGUAUGUGUGUGUGCGUGCUGUGUCAAAAAGACUGUUAUAAUGUCCAGUGAAAAGAAACGGAUCACUGGUAGGACCAACCAAGUGUAUUUAUUCUAUAACUGCCAAUAUAAAAUGUGUAUUUAUUUUAUAAAGUUGAAUUCUGUCAUUUUGACCUCCUACACUUCAGUAUGACAACGUGACAUGACACAGUGCUGAUGGUUUAAUCACACAGCACUUGUUGUCCUACUGCAUAAACUGUCAGUAAUAGAAACCAAAUAUGGAUCGGAGCUAAUAACAUUAUCAAUGGCAUAGUCUGAAAAUCUCUUUACUUCUACCAAAACAAUAGUGUGUUUGUGUGUUCAUGCACAUGUGGCCUGUGUGUGUGUUUCUGGGAGUGUGUUUAGGAGCAGAGUUUAAAAUAUGGCGAGUACUGUACAUCACAUGUGUAUUUACUAGUCAGUCCUGGUAUUGGUGUUAUCUGUGUGUGUGUGUGUGUGUGAUGUGUGUGGUGUGUGUGUGUGUGUGUGUGU